AUGGAUCUGUCCACUUCCAACCACGUUGCAGAUCAAGAUCAUGCUACCCAGACCCAGAUAUGGAACCCGGCUGCAGCUCAAUCUGAGAUCAUAGCCAUGGAUUCAAGUGUGUACAGGGCGGCAGCGAAGGGAAAUGUCCAUGUCCUCAAGCAAUUGUCAGAAGAUGAUCUUCAGAUCCAAUUAAGCCCAAAGCAUAAUUCAGUGCUCCAUAUCGCAGCCCAGUUUGAUCAACCAGAAUGUGUGAAUUGGAUCCUUACGUUACCUUCAUCUUCAUCUUUACUACAACGGCCUAAUCUGAAAGAGGAUACUCCGCUUCACCUUGCAGCAAGGGAAGGGCAUUUGGAGGUCGUGAAAGCUCUUUUAGAGGCUGCAAAAGCAUUUCCUAUGGAUAUUGAAAGUGGGGUUGGAGCAGAUAAAGCGUUGGUGAGAAUGAGAAACAAGGGGAAAGACACAGCCUUGCACGAGGCUGUGCGGUAUCGUCAUUCUGAUGUGGUGAAGUUCUUGAUUAAGGUAGACCCUGAGUUUAUGUAUGGUGAAAACAUCUCUGGUGGGACUCCUCUUUACAUGGCUGCAGAGAGAGGAUUUUCUGAUUUGGUGGAAAUAAUCAUAGAAAAUACCUCUACUUCACCGGCUUACCAUGGCCUCAUGGGUAGAACGGCUUUGCAUGCUGCUGUCAUUCGCAAGGACAAAGUAAUGACUAAGAAGAUACUGGAAUGGAAGCCAGCACUAACCAAAGAAGUGGAUGAAAUUGGGUGGUCUCCACUUCACUGUGCUGCAUACCUAGGUUGUAGUCCAACAAUAGUGAGAGAAUUGCUACAGAAAUCAGAUAAGUCAGUACCUUACCUUGGAAUCAAAGACGGCAACAAAACAGCCCUUCACAUUGCAGCUAACCGUGGGCAUAUGAAGAUAGUAGAGUUGCUGGCAUCACAUUCUCCAGAUUGUUGCGAGCAGGUCGAUGAUAAGGGUAACAAUGUUUUUCACUUUGCCAUGUUGAAGAGACGAUGGUUGGCUACGGGUAAUCUCUUAUAUAAUAGUUGGUUAGGAGUUAGAGGAGUUGUGAAUGAGAAAAAUGGUGAAGGAGACACUCCUUUCCACCUGAUCUCGUCUUACCAAAUUGAUGACCCAACGUUCAUAUGUAACCUUGGAGUGGAUAAGAUGGCUUUCAACAAUCAAAACUUCACGGGUAUGGACAUACUUUCAAGGGCCAAUGACAUUUGUGGAAGAAGGGAUUUUGUCCUACGAAGAUUUUACCGAUUUAAAGAAGCGUAUGUUGGACCUUUGUGGUGGCGGGAGGAAAUAAAGGAAGACGAUGGUAGUAGUGAAGGCAAAGGCAAUGAAGGGGACAAAGGCAUUAAUAUUAAAAACGGAUCUUCUGACUUCUCAAAAGUCAUUCAGAGAAGAGGUGAAAACCAUCUGAUAGUGGCAGCACUCAUAGCAACCGUAACCUUUGCGGCGGGUUUCACUUUGCCUGGUGGCUACAAUGUCAAUGAGGGCACGGCAACUCUAGCAAAGAAAACAGCUUUCAAAGCAUUUGUGGUGAUGGAUACCCUAGCCAUGGUGCUCUCAGUGUCUGCUAUAUUCAUUUUCUUUUUUAUGUCAUGGCAUGUGAAGAAGGCGUCUCUGAACAAACACAUAAUCCCUGGCUUCUUCCUCACCAUGUUGGCAAUGGGGGCAAUGGUGAUGGCCUUCAUGACAGGUUUAUACGCUGUGCUACCUGAAUCCUCAUGGCUUCCAUUAUUCACUUGCAUCAUUUGCUGCUCCUUUUUUCUCUCCCUUUAUUUUGAACUUAAUGUACUUUUGAAGGGGUAUAAAGUGAUGUUUUACUUCAAGAAGAAAUACAAGCUUGGGAAGGCUUCCCAUUGA